AGAAAACGCAUUCGAGGCCUCUCCGUUCGUCUUCGCCUUUCUUGGCGCGUUGUCGUUCCGCUGAACCCCUCCCUCCGGCGCAUUCGGCCCGUCACCCACUUCAUCUGCUCUUCUCUGUUUCGAUUCGGUCUCGUCCGCAGACCGUCUGUUCUCAUUUAUUUUUCUUCUCUUCCGGGUCUCUCUGCGUGUGCACCCGAACGGGCGACUUCAAUGGAGCGCAAACACUCAAGAAGCCCUACUUCUGAAGUGACGUCAUGCAACGACCUCGGGGCGGAGCUGUGGGCCUUGGUGUAUCACCUCUUUGCUAAGUACAAGGACAACUGCACUUUGGCGGUUCGUGAGUUGGGCCUGCGUACACACCACGAAUUUGAAAGCGGCAGCAGCGCGUUGUUUCCGCGGUCGCCAGCGGAUGUGAAGCGCAGUGUUUGGUACGCGGACAUGUCUGCCGCCUACUCCGCUUUGAGGGAAGACCUGCAUCAGACGCAUCUGGCCGAUGUCACGGAGGCGACGGAUCUCGUGUUAAGCCUAUACCCGGAUGGCUGCAACGUCAGCGAGUACGCCGAGGCGGUACGGACGAGUGCGGCGGUGCUGCCGUGCACCGUGCCCUCCGACAUGAUCGACUUCUUCGUCAGCAAGAAGGGGGACGAGUUCAAGGCGGACGGCGUCCACGUCGUCGCGGGCGAGGCGCUGGCGAAAGACGUCAUUGAGGGGCUGAUGUUCAGCGCGUUGCUGCCGCGGCAGUGGUGGUGUGCGCGGUUUGCCGCCGUGGCCCGCGCCCGGCGCGUCGGCGUGAAAGGGAGUCCGCCGACGCUCUUCAUCGAGUACGAGCGCCCUCCCGGCGUGGUGCACGUCCGCCGCAUCCACCUCGGCUCACAUCUGCGCGAGAACACGCCGACGGUGCAUCUCGCACGGCGCCUCGCCACCACGCACGAGUCUCUGCUAUCAGAGGCGCAGUUUCAGUCGCUGCUCCUCCGGUGUCAGCGUUUGAUGCGCCACUCGCCGGCCACCGCAAGCCCCGCCACCACCCGAAGCUCGCCGUUGCCGGCGGCAACGGUGUCUGCGGCACCGAUGCAGCAGCCGGCUACGUCGCCGGCCGCCACCGAGAGCUCCGAUGGUGACCGUGCCAAGAGCACUAAGCCGCAGAAGGCAGACCUGGGUCUCCUCUAUCGUGACCCCGACGCGGCGCUGCAAAACGUCGAUUUGAACGAUGCGGACGACGUCACGUUGCGUGAGUUCAAAGAGGUGAUGAAUGAAGGGUUCAACAAGAACGUGAUCAAACCCGGCGAUCCUGGAUACGUCUACGACAAGCGGCUUGAGGUAACGAAAUCGGCCCAACAGAGCGAGUGGGAUGAUGACUCGGAUUGA